AAGUCAAUGGUACAAAAGUUGACGACUUUGAUUAGCAGAUAUCGGAAUGGAGACCAGUUAAAUAUGGACUUACACGAAGAAGUUUUAAAGAAUGGGGUUGAAGAGAUACAGAAAAGUGUAGUACAACUGCAGAAGGAUGCAUGUGGAAUAAAUCUAGAAACUGCAAAUGCGUGGACCAAAGGAAAAGAACUGAUCGAGAAAUCCUUGCAAAGUCUUCAGUUUCUGCUCGAGAUCCUACAAUCUACAGAAGAUGAAAAGAUUGUCCGGUUCCGACAAAGCAAGGAUAUACUUCCCAAAGUGAUGGACAUAACUGAGGCUGCUUCUGACAUGGUUAACAAGCUUUUCGUUAAAAUUGCAAGAAAUUUCCCCGAUGGAAGAUGGGAAACAGUUAUCAAUAUUACAAAAAUCCCAUCCAUCAUAGACGACAUUUUGGGAUUUAUGACACCAGAAGAUCCGACGGACUUAUCCGAUUCCGCCAAUAUUGAGGGGGUUCAGCCAUCCGUAAUUAAAACUGUAAGAAUCGACCUUUUUAAAAAGUGUGUUACCUUUUCGAAGAAUGUGUGUGCAACAUUAUCUCCAGUUUUAAAGGAAUUGAGAGAAACAAAAUCAAGAUCAAAAGAAUCCUUCAAACCAUUUUUGAACUGCAUUUUAAAGCAAUUUCUUUUCCUUCAACGCUCAUCAGCCUUGUUGAAGGAGCUCAUAAAUUUUUCAACAGAUACAGAAUGGAAAAAUCAGGAACAGAGUUACUUGGAGUUUUUCAAACAGAUAAAACACAUCCUACUGGAGGGCAAAAGGAUUAUAUGCUGCCUUUGUCCAGCAGAUGGGGUUCCAAGUGAUUUUCAAGUCGUUAUACCUCCAAAAUGUACCCUCAUCAAAGAGUGCACGAAGAAAAUGGGGGACUUUCAAGGAAGAUCAAAGGAGGAGCUGAACUCUGUGCUGAAGGAUAUUGAAGUGGCCUGUGAUGGUAUAAGUAAGGCCAGCGAAUUCGGAGAGAAGUGUCUACCUCCAGGCGAGCAGUUCCUGGGAGAAGAUGUUUCUGUGAUGGAGACAGGUUCUGAUUUUGACCCAGAUUCUGAAAUCAGUGUCACAAAAGCGUCCAUUAGAGAUAUUGAAGAAGCUACAAAAGACACCAGUAUUCUGCCGACGGAAGUUGUCGGAGUCUAUAAAAUGAACAACAUUCAUGCCCAACUUAAAGUUAAAAUAGAUCACAAACGUCCUCUGGUUUGUUCACAAAUCAAAGGACAAAUAAUAGAAAACGGAAAGAAAUCCAGAGUACCUGUGAAAAAUAUUAUAGUUGACGGAACUACUAUUGGUCUUUCUUUGACCAAAGGAGACUUUCUUCUUCUUUUAUACGAUUUUCCAGUGAUCAAGAAGACCAUUAAACAGUCCGAGUUAAAAAACGGGGAAGUAACCGUCGAUGUGCCAGGUGAUGCAUCAUGUAGUGUUACUGUUAGCAAAAAGGACAUUCAGGAAAACCUCAAUCUUACAUAUGCGGUUCAGAAAACGGACAAAGAUCGCAUUGAGGGAUAUAAAGAGGAAUCUCCAGAGGAGUUCGGAAUGAUCGAUAUCUUGGAUGGUAUCUAUUUAGAGACCAGUGUCAAUGGUGUGGAGAGCAAGUUUAAUUUCAUUGACAACAAUAAAACAGAAGAAUCAUCAUACUUUAAAGUAGAGGCACACAUGGAUGGUGCAACAAAAAAGAGAAAAUGGACAAGUGAAAGUUUUAAUUGCCAAGACGAAAGUAAUGGAAAACUAUCAGUUCCUAUUUCACUCAAGACCAUAACGUAUGUUGUGAUGGUCUGCAAAGAUAUCCCAGUACCAGAUAAUGACAGCAAUUUUGACAAAUCCAAGUUAGUUCGUGAGAAAACUCUGACCUUGUUGGGGAUUAAAUCGAAGUGUAAAGCGCUGAUUUUGUACAGAUUCCCUUAUUAUGAAGACACGGAAGGCGUGGAAGAGGUAGAAGACGGAGAUGAAGUAGAGGUCCACGUUGAGUGUAUAGAAUCCCAGCGAUACUUCCUUAAUGAAAGGGCAAACAUCCUGAGAGAAAAUGGCAAAUGGAUUCAAUUUGAAGAUGGCGAUGAAUCUGCCGAUUUCAAGAUUUCUGAAGGAAGCUCAUUAGAGGUCGAUGUUAAGGGAUCUGCAAAAAUAGCAGGACAUUAUCCAGCAAAGAAAGCGAUGUUUUCAUUUUUGAAGAAUAGCAGUUGCUUCAUUGAACUUCCCGUAGAAGUUGUAAUCAGCGAGAAAAAGAAACUGGUGGGAUAUAUUUAUUGUAACUUACCUGGGAUGGUUCUUCAUUGGAGAAGGUUGCCAUGGAUGGAAAUGAAGACACGAUACAAAGAUGCUAUGAAAUCAAAAGUACCACUGUCUAAAGAACAAAGGAAGAAAGAACAUCAAGACAAACAGGCCAAGCAAAAGACAAAAGAGAUUGGUGUAACUAAAGGCAUAGAGAGCCUGGUGAAUGAAAUAAUCGAUAGUUUUACAGAAGAAGAUGUGAAAAAUCUUAAAAAGGAAGAAAAGAUGCCUGGAAGUGAAGGAGAAAGCCUUGUUGGUCGACUUAUUGGCCGUGUUAACAAAGAAAAAGAUAAAUUAAGGUACUUAAUGAAUGUGCUGAGAAAGAUUGGUCGAAACGAUCUUGUCCAAGAGCUAACAGAAAGAGUUGAGCAGUAUGGAAUGAUUUAAACAAAACAGUAUGUCAAGUACACAAAUGGAAAGAGAGGGAGAGAGAGAGCACCUAUAGAGAUCAAAAUCACUCAUGACGUUAUGAAGUUGCUCGAUUUAAAAAAUGGAAGAUUCAUAAAAUCGUUAUGAAAUAAUAUCUGCGUAGCCCUUAAAAAUAGAUAUUUAUCAUAUAUUGCUACAUUUUGAUUAGCAUUUUAGCAUUGUUGUGAACUUUAAGUGCUUGUUUUCUUGUUUAAUGUAAAGAGACAUGUACA